AUUCGUGUUCACUGACUGACCGCAAACGGACCUUUCGAUUGCUGCGCGACAUCAUCAACGUCGAGAUUAGCAAUUCCAAUUAGUCGCUUACUUCUGCAUGUAGCGCGGCUUUCUGAAGUUUGGACCUCGCAAGUUCCCGUGCUGUGUGUAUGUAUGUAUGUACGUGUGUAAUGCAACAGCAUUGUCACUCGUCGGAUCUACGUGAAUGCGUCGCAGCGCAAGUUUACAGCGGAUUGAGAAUUCUGCGUUACAGUCACCAUGCGGAAACCGGGGCUCAUCCAUAUGUGAACGAUAUUUAAGGUUCGACGACGUAUCAGUCCCUCUAUUCCUCUAUGCACGCUGCGUCAAAUUCGCAUCGAUGCGUUUCCAUUCGGAUUUUUUUUACGAGGACUUUACCCCAGGCGUUAUUGCUGGGAUAUAUAACUUACUUUCGCGAUUUAUGCUUGCGGGUCGUAUAGCGCGCGUUAUGUUCCGGAGAAUAAAGAAUUUAUAGAGGCAUCGAUAGAGAGUACGAGAGAAGAAGAGAUAGCAGAGCAAUGCAAACCAACGGUGUGUUGGCGAGUAUGUAAGCCCUUUGGUAUUUAUGGCGUAGAGGUAGUCAGGAGAUUCCUGAUUUUGCUGGUCCUCCGUUAAAUUGCGUCCGAAAUUGAGAAACAUGCUGAAAAUGAAGGCGCAACUAAUUCCGCAUGCGUCUCGCAUUCGUGCCGCAAAUUAUAGUUAUCGAGAAACCAGACACCGAAUGGUGAAUGAUAAUAUUGCUAUCUCUCUGUACUUUGCGUAAAAUCUGUCGUAAUAUUACCGCGAGCAAUGGUGCAACAAGUUAAAAUAGUUACCGAUGCGGUAGACAUCUGUUUGGGAACAUUAUUAUUCGCGAUAUUGCGUGAUUCGUAUUUUCUGAUAUACUUGUUCGCCGCAGGAAAUCAAUAAAUGCACUUCCGUGUCCCAGUCUUACGCGGUUGGAUGAUUUUUUGAUGAAACGUUUUGAGCCUAAAUUAAAGGAAAACUAAAUGAAAUGGCAUAUAAACUUGCCUUCGGCUUUUCCUGUUUUAAAGUUUGUGUAAUCUUAAAUUUCUUGCGAAAAACGAUCAUUUUAUUAGCCAUUUAUAUAAGGACAUUUCCCAUUUAGUAAAAAGUUUUCUUGCAUUAGUCAAGAUUUAAUACUGGAACCGUGCACGCCAUAAAAUGUAAAGUCAUAAACCGCAGGUCACUAACUCGACUUCUCUCAUCUGCCCCCAUUUUCCUUUUUCUAUUUUCCUCAAGUGCCGAUGUACUCCUAUUUUCUAUAUAAUUUAUAUAAUUAAAAAACUUUUUGAAAUUUAAGAAAUACCAAUGUGCCAGUUUUUUAAAAUGUAGCUCUAUUAUAUCUAAAAUCUAAUAUCAAGUCAUCAAAUAGAAAACUAGGAAACGUUUAAUUGGACAUUCCUUCUCUUUCUCUAUAUGCAUUCCUGCAAAAAAUGAUAUCGAAAUGUAAUAUACUGUUUAUUCGAGAUAUGCAACAAGCGCUAGCUUCCAUUAGUCAGUUCGGAGUUUCGGACACGCACCGCGUUCGGCGUGCAACUUCAAGUUAUAAUUAUAACCAUGUACAUGUAAAUAUAUAACCAUAGAAAACAGAAUAUACUCUGAAAAAUGGUUCGCAAUCGAUCCUAUCGUUAACAAAUAUCAUAAAAUUAAAGUCAGAGACGAAACGAUGGCAUAAAAAAUUGUAAUUAACGUAGAUUAAUUCCUGAACAAUGUCGUCGCUCAUCGUGUCAAAUGAUUUGUAUUUGAUGAUGCUGGAGUUCGCUGUGGAAAACUUGUUCGUGCCCUGGACCACCGAGUUUGACAAAGUUGUACUGAAGAAAACGACCGUCAUGUUCCGCAUGCUGGACGAGGAGUGGACGCCGUUAUCGCCAAAUAGGCAAGAUUGCCGUCCUUAUCAAGGCUCCAACUGCGAGAACGAGAAAUUCUACGGUGGCAGAUCCGUCGUCUUUUGCGUGUCGGCGGACUUCUUCGAGAAAGACGCGAGCGGCGUCGUCGUUCAGCUACACGUGAAGAAGGAUGUGUCCGAGUAUUUCGAGAUGAAUUCGCGCCAAGACGUCGGCUACGCUUCCGUGCCGGUCGAUGAUCUUCUCAACGGUAUCUCCAGGCAGAUCCGCGAGCGGAACGAAUUGGCAGAAUACUUGUCGGACUUCUAUAAGCGGCAGAUUAUCUCGAGGUCCACGAAAGGGACGUACACUUUGCGGAGCGAGGAUCUUCAGGAUACCGUGGCCACGAUCUCACUCUACAUCCGGAUUAGCUGUCUUGGCAGAAGUGUCGUAACAGAGAUCGCGUCCAUCGAAGGGCCAUGCGGAUUGUUCCGCGUUCACGGGGAACUGGAUGAGGAGGAUCCCUAUCUCACCCGAAAACUGACAGGGAGGGUUGCUGAGGGUGAAUGCUGGGAUGAUUUGCCCCCUAUUCCCCGUGGUCGUCUGGUAUGCCGCUGCGAAGAACUCGUUGCCAAAGACGUUAUGGAUUUAUCUGACGAUCGAUUCGGCUAUGUCGUGAACGACGAUACCAUCAACGGAGCGCCAACACCAAUCAGAAGAGAACCCCCCCGUGAUCUCCAAGACGACUACGAACGCGGUGCAAGAUGCAGCUGUGACUGAUGGAACGGUGGCUGCAGCCGCUAUGGUGUAUGACGUAGCUGCGGAUGUAACUGCAGAUGCAACUGCGGAUGUAGCUCCGGAUGCAGCUGCGGAUGUAGCUAUCGAUACCGUCGUGACCCCCGUGACGAAGAUCGUGGCAGACAUUGCCGCGAUUAGAAAAGAGAAAGCCGCCAGAUACAAUGCACUGCGCGACGGGACAAUUGCAGAUGCAGAUGAGCUUGCAGUGGACAAAAGAACAAAACAGCCUGCACUUUCAGCGAUGAAUAAGCAAGCAAUUAAGAACGCUCGUGACAAGACUGGUCGAAAGGAGCCUAUCAGUCCUGUAAUUAGGAAUAAGUGUAAUUUAAAGAAUAAUAUGUAUUUUAUAUCCUUGACAGCUUUUUUCUUAAUUACUUAUGAUAUAUCCUCAGAUUCAAGUAUAACUUCGACAAAGCAAUUUUAAUCUUCUUCGAAGAAUAUUACACUUAGCUAUGGAAAAAGAGAAUCCAAGAAGUGUAUUCUUCGACUAAUUGAAAGUGGAUUUUUCCAAAGAAAAAUAUCGAAACAUAUAUCUCUCUCUUUUUCUCUCGCUCUUUCUCUCUCUCAAAUAGUAUAAUAAAUCAUUCAAACUAAAAGGCUCUUUAAAAAUUAAGCUUGUCAUAUUUUAAUGGGGUAUAUUAACAAGUUACCAAAGAAUCCUAUUCAAUCGGAUUCUUGCUCAGAAGAAGUUUCGAGUUGGUCGAAGAACACGCCUUCGGAUUUCCAAAGUUUUUCCUUAAACAUCCCACGUCGAGAAUAUCUCAGAUAUGUUCCGCCGGAGUAGGACGUUUAUUUAUCUAACUUUAUGUGUCGAAUAAUGCACCGAUACAUAAGAGAAAUAUGAGAUUUCUUUUCCACAGAUGUCAAGCAAGCGUGGCAGGAGCGAAAGCGAGAGAACGACACGCGAUAAAGGACAAGGCGGGAACGGCUUUCAAGAAAACGUUCGCCGCGUCGAGCGAAUCGAAGCCCGGAAGAUACACGGCAACAAUCGGUAUCGCGG